UUAAAAGGAAACCGGGGACCAAAUCACCGACUGGAGCCCCGAAGCUCUGACUGACCGGGAAAGAAAUGACAAACUGGGAUUUCCGUUGACCACGUGACGUUUUGACCCGCUGUUGACCUUUAAAGAUGGCGGCCUCCACAAGAAAGUUUUGUCGCCUUUCCGCAUAGCUUUUGUAUUUCGAAGCAAGUAAAUAGGUGAUCUGGUAACAGCUAUUCAGGCAUUGACCGCAUCCUAGACGCGCUGUAACUAUGUUAAACCGGUUAGCGUGUCUCAGAGUAACGUCCCACCUACGAAAUGUUCCUUGGGCAGCGGUAGUGUCGGGACGCAGUGCUGUCAGCUCAAGAAACUUUCAUGAAGACUUUCUAGACAAGCGAAUCAAAGCACGGCUUAGGAAUAAUCCGUUUGAAGAGCCCAAUGCCGGAGAAGCGUCACAGGACCUGGAUAGAGAAAUGAGAAGGCGAUCAAUGAGUAAAAAGAAGGCCAUCAUUGCUAGAAAAUACGGUUUCAAACCAAAGGGAGCUCAACCCCGCUUGCUGACGUGGGAUGCCAUAGAACACAUCUACUUCCUGCGAGCUGAACACCCAAAGGAAUGGCCGCUGGAGAGACUUGCAGAAGGCUUUGGAGUGGACGUUGAUGCAAUCAUACGAGUCUUGAAAAAUAAACACAAACCAUUGUCUGAGGAAAAGAGAGCAGUUCACGAUGAGCAGGCCCUGGCCAAUCGCAGAAGGCUCGGCCUCCCAGCCCUCCUGCCAAUACGGCCUGAACAGAGGGUAAAGAAGGCACUGCCACAGGGGUUAAAGAAAGUCCUGCCACAGACGAAAGUAAAGCAGCUGUCACCUGCCCAGAAGGAGAUGGUUCUCCAUCUUGGACAGAUGAAGCAAAGACUGGAACAAAGACAACAAAGAGCAAUCACAGCCGGCCCAGCAAGAACGGUGGAAGACAGCAUUGUAGAAGUUCAAACACGUGAACCACAACAUCUUGAAGAUACAGUGAAGGGCACAUGGACACCGCAACAAGACAGCAAAGAUAAUAGGAGUGGACAUGAAGCUGCUAGAGAAGACUCUGGUGCUGAUGAUGAUGAUUAUACAGUAGAAGAAAUUGAUUUUGACUUGAUGCAGGAGAGAUUUGAAGAUAUAGUAGAAAAGUACCCAAAUGUUGAUGAUGGUGAAGUAGUGGAGGAAGAUGGCCAGUUCUUCACAAAAGAUGGAGAUUUUUUGUAUAAAGUGUAAAAGAUAUGAUGAUGAUAAAAGAUAUGUAGUUUUUGUGUGAACAAAUUUUGAUCUUUAUUGCAUUGAAAUAUGAGUUGAAAAUAGCAUUUACUGCCAUGGUGAUCAUAGCAUUGCGAUACUAUUCUUAUCAUCAGUAUUUUGUCAUUCUCUUCUAACGUCUAAGCUCAGUAGUCAAUAGGCUCAAAAUAUGUCAUGAAAAACAAGACAUUCAAGUACAACAUGGAUAGCAUCAAAUUUUGGCUGCAUUGCAGAUAUAGAUGGACAUGGUCUAUACACAAAUACUACAUUGCAUUUUCACUUCUUACAAGCAUUUUGUCCAAGCAAAUGUUGAGGAGAAUUGAAGAGGUUGUUAUGUUUCCUGACUGCAGACCUCUUUGACAUUUGAGGUGGGUGGCUAUCAACAAAGCCCAUCAGUCAGAAAAGUUUUGAUCUUCCUCCACAUCAUCUGCUAGGGGAUUUUAGGAAUUCUAAAAAUGUAGCUCUCUGCACUAUAUCCUUGAAAGGUGCAUCAGUUCCCCCUGACCAUUUCACAUCAAUGAACAGUUGCUUUUCAUCUGCAAAAACACUGACUUUGGUCAUGACUUUUAACUAUAAUGUUUAAUUCAUUCAGUAUUGGCACUUGUACAAAUGUGUUAUGAAUUAGUUAUCUUACAUUAAAGUUGUACAGACAGUUAUCUCAA